AUGACAUCCAACAUGAUCAAGCCACAAGUCCAAUGUAUCUUCCAUGAUGCUACUUCGACCUGUACCUACAUCGUCAAGGAUCCUACAUCCAAGCAUGCCUGCAUCAUCGAUCCCGUCAUGGACUUUGAUCCUGCUGCCGUUCGCACCUCCCAAAAACACAACGAAGCGGUCGCUUCUUAUUGUGAAAUGGAAGACCUUCAAGUCGAUUACAUUAUUGAAACUCAUGUGCAUGCGGAUCACAUGACAGGAGCUGAAUUUCUUAAGAAGAAGUUUCCUCAAGCCAAGACUGCGAUUGGUGAGAAUGUCACGAAGGUCCAAGAGUUAUUCAAGGGCAUCUUCAACUUGCAUACCAAGGGCGACAACUUCGAACCUGAUGGAACUCAAUUCGAGUUGCUUUUGCAGGAUGAACAAGAGCUCGACUUGGGCAGCCUCAAAAUCAAGAUCUUGUACACACCUGGUCACACUCCAGCUUGUGUUUCCUUGGUGAUUGGUGAUGCUGUUUUCACUGGAGACACACUUUUCAUGCCUGAUAUGGGAACCGCCCGUUGUGAUUUCCCGGCUGGAUCUGUCGAAAACCUUUACAACAGUAUUCAAAAAUUGUAUGAACUUCCCGACGACACCCGAGUAUUCGUCGGUCACGACUAUGCUCCAGGCGGUCGUGAGUUUGCUUGGGAAACAACCAUUGGUCAAUCUAAGGAAUUCAACAAACAGAUCAAGGCCAACACUCCAUUGGAAGAAUUUUCGGAAUUUCGCAAGGCCCGUGAUGCCAGUCUUAAUCCACCUCGCUUGAUUCUUCCAUCUCUCCAAAUUAACUUGAGAAAUGGAGCUUUGCCACCAAAAGAGUCCAAUGGGAUUUCUUACUUGAAACUACCUCUGAAUGUCUUGGGCAAAGAUGAUCAUGCCUAA